AUCCAUACAUACACAACACAACUCUGAUGUCAUCAGUCUUGUCACCUUUAUUCAUUCAUUGCAUUUUUUCCCCUUGGUUACGGAUUUUUAGUCAUCUUCGCUCAACUCACCCUCUUUUUUCUUGCAUUGCUGCUGUAUAUAUUAUCUAGACCCCAAGAAGACCGAAAAAAAAAAAGCCAUUAGAGGAGAAUUAAGGAAGAAUGAACACCUCCAAAAUGAUACCACCAAUGAGGGUUCCAGAGCAGUGGGCAGGUGCUGCUUCCACCAUCCUCAGUUUCUUCUUCAUUUUGGACAUGAUCCGCCGGUGGUGCCCACCGGAGCUCUAUCGCCGUCUCACGAAGUUCUUACUAAAGCUGGACACAUACUUCUACCCUAGCAUCCAGGUUUCCAUCCAUGAGUUCACUGGCAGCAACCUCAGACUCCACGAAGCCUAUCCUGCUGUUGAAGCAUACCUCAGCGUCAAUUCCUCCAAAACCGUCAAGAAGCUCAAAGCUGAGAUGGUGAAAGAUCGCCAUAAGUUAGUGUUCACCAUGGAUGAAGAUGAGAGAGUGAUUGAUGAGUUUCAAGGACUCAAAAUGACGUGGAUUUCCGGCAAAACUAGAACCCCUCAAGGUCUAGGAGGGCCUGGAACGCAAUUCUCUGGCAACCCGGAGCCGGAAAGAAGACAUUACAGGCUGGUCUUCCACAAGCGUUAUCGGGAGCUCGUGUUUGGACCAUAUUUGGAGCAUGUCAUCAAGACAGGUAAAGAAAUCUGCCGGAGGAACAGGCAGAGGAAGCUUUUCACCAACGGCCAUCACAGAUCAAGUUGGAGCUACAUCUUGUUUGAUCAUCCAGCUACGUUUGAGACGUUGGCUAUGGAGCCCGAGAAGAAGGCAAAAAUCAUCGAGGAUCUUCUGACAUUUAAAGACAGCAAGGACUUUUAUGCCAGAAUUGGUAAGGCAUGGAAAAGGGGAUAUCUUCUUUAUGGUCCUCCAGGAACUGGAAAAUCAACCAUGAUCGCUGCAAUGGCCAACUUACUGGAGUAUGAUAUAUAUGAUCUUGAGCUUACUUCUGUUGCCGGCAACACGGAACUCAGGAGGCUUCUCACAGAGACGACAGGUAAGUCCAUAAUUGUCAUAGAAGAUAUUGAUUGCUCGCUUGAUCUUACGGGACAAAGGAAGAAAGUUGCAGGCAAGAAUCCUCCAGAUGUGAAAAAAGAUACGGGAAAGAGCAGUAAAUCUGGAGACAAGGGAGAGAGUAGUGGAACUGGAACAGGAAGCAAAGUCACCCUCUCAGGGCUGCUGAAUUUCAUUGAUGGGCUCUGGUCUGCUUGUUGUGGGGAGCGAAUCAUCGUCUUCACAACUAAUCAUGUUGAUAAGCUGGAUCCAGCUCUCACAAGAAGGGGUAGAAUGGACAUGCAUAUUGAGCUUUCCUACUGCAGUUUUGAGGCAUUUAAGGUUCUUGCAAUGAACUACCUGCAACUUGAGGACCAUCCCUUGUUCCAAUCGAUUCGGAACUUGAUGAAAGUGACCGAGAUUACGCCAGCAGACGUCGCGGAGAGCCUCAUGCCAAAGUCUCCAGACCAAGAUGCUGAGAGGAGCCUCCGGAUUCUGAUACAAGCUCUUCAAGAAGCCAAGGAAAAACAGGAAGCCGAGGAAAAACAGGAAGCGAAGAAAGAAGUGAAGGAGAAUGAGUGCGAUAAGGUGUCUCUGUGGGUCUUGCUUAGCAAGUACUUGACUCCCUAUACAGUGUUCCACCUGGAUCCAGCUAUCGGUGUCCAGAGAGAAUGAGGGCAAAGAAUCAAAGAGAAAGGUACCAACCAGGACGAUGACAAGACAACCCCAUAGGAACUAAAUGAUUUGAAAGUACCAGCAAAAUUAAGCUGAAUUUAGAGUUAUGAAGUCACCACUCGAGGAAUCAGCAUCGUGUCCUGUUGCUUUGUAGGUUGAAUUGAAUGUAUAAUUCCUCUAGACUGUUUUUAUGUGGAAGUAGCCACAUCUUGCCUUAGCCCCUUCGGAGCAGCAUCUGCAACUUCAUAGGCUUUAUGUUGUUGCUCUUUUAAGGAAGUAGUAAUUCGCACAUAUUAAAGUACCCUUUUAA